GAUCUGAUCACUUCAUUCUGCACAUUACGAGAGAUAAGCAACGGCUCAGCGCAAGCAUGAACGGGCAAGAGUUUCUGUUGGUAAUUCUAUCACUGGCCAGCCAUGCCUAUGGCCUAGGUGCAGCACACCCAUCAUCAGCAUCGUCUCCCAGCCCCUACAUGGCCCCCAAAGAUUUCAACUACGAUGGACGGAUUGUGGGCGGUGAAGUGACCACAAUAUUAUCGUAUCCCUUCCAGGUGUCCGUACAGCAUCAAGGCUCCCACAUCUGUGGCGGUUCCAUAUUGGCAGCCAAUAUCAUUCUCACGGCUGCCCACUGCCUGGAAUUUCCCAAGGCUGUGAAACAGUAUCGCAUUCGUGCCGGUUCCAGUUCCCAUUCGCAGGGCGGUCAGAUAAUGGGCAUCCGUCGGAUUCUCAUCCAUGAAGCCUAUAAUCUCAACGAUGUCAAUUGUGAUGUGGCCCUAAUGUUGUUGAGCGGUAAUUUGUCUUUUUCACGCCAGGUGCGAGCCAUAGACCUGCCUCGGCCUGGCGCCCAAGUACCCAGCCGUUCGAAACUCUUUGUCAGUGGUUGGGGUUUGACAAGUGAGACGGGUGCCAUCUCGCCGACACUCAAUCACGUUGCCGUCCAGUUGCUAGACCAGGGAGAGUGUGCCGAGAGUUAUCGUUACAUUGCCGACAUAACACCGCAGAUGUUUUGUGCCGGUCUGCCCGAUGGGGGCAAAGAUAGCUGUCAGGGGGAUUCGGGUGGUCCAUUGAUCAGCUAUGUUGAGGCCUCACCCUCCACUGCGGCCAUACGACCAAAGCAAACAGCCAACUCCAGCAUCAUCACCACAGCCACCAGGCCCAUUCAAUAUGGCAUUGUAUCGUUUGGUGUGGGUUGUGCCCAGAAGGGAUAUCCCGGUGUCUACGCCAAAGUUGCGGCUCUGCGGUCCUGGAUCGAUGCCAAGAUGAAACUAUUGACAAAAUCUAGUUAG